AUGACUCACCUGACAGCAGAGCGGGGGCUUUUGGAGGAGCGUCUGCUCGUGCGGAAAACUUUGGCUCCAAGCACAGGCCACAAGACAGCAUCAUUAGUGCCUGAGGAGGGGUUGAUUCCACGUUUGGUCCACCCUGAGGAGGUGCCCAGGGCUUUUCAGGAAGAGCAGGCGGCCAAUGCUACUCAAUGCAGCCCGCAUGAGACAUCGCUUACCCUCUGUGCUUCUCAUUUGGAUCCUCUUGGGGCACCUUGGCAUCAGACACCAUCACCCCGUGGAGAAGAGCUGGUCGUUCCCUGCGAGCCAAGGGAGCCGGCUGAGGAACGGGCUGGGAAACGGCCCCUCCCAGAGCAACAAGGUGGCCACCAGGCCCUUGAAGGCAUCGCCUCCACCCACAACAUGGGACGCCCUGGCACAUCCUCCUUGAUGCCUCACUUCGUCUGCACCACCGCAUCUCUCCAUGAGCCCAACACACUGCCCGAGAGCGCCACAUCGCCAGAGGGAAGUGGGGUUGCGGCGGCUCCGGUUACGACACCCAGCUGCUCUCUUUGGGGUCCUGACGCAGCUCUGCCUGCAGCAGUGGUUGAGAUCCACCUUUUCACGUACCCAGCAGCAGAAAUCUCCCUGGCCCUGACGCAGAGCGUCCCGGGUUGUCUAGGUGAGAGCUCAGCAGAGGCAGGACUGCAGCCCCAGACACCAGACCUUGGGGAGUAGCGAAACCCUCUGGGUAGAAGGCUCCAGAGAAUCCUGGCGGGGAGGGGGCAGAGUUAUGAGUACGCCGUCUGUGUGCUCCCCAGGAAAAGACCGGCCUUGCUCCACAUCUGACCCUCAGGGCACUUCCAGAUUAUCAGUUUUCCAAUAUGAGUUAAUUGUACACCAGCACAUUCAGGAAGCUCAGCAGAAGUGGAUUUGGUGCUCUUGUGCAACACACUCAGUCCCCCUCCCCUGCAACAACCCACUCUGACUGUUUGCAGUAAAGAAAGUGAUUGGGAAAGCACUAGAAAGUGAGGGAUAACACUUGCUUGAAGUGACAUUGUUCAACCUCCCUGCAAAGAAAUAAAAACAAACGCUCAAUAAACAGCCGGCGUCAUAUAUAAACUCUGUGGAGACUUUGUGCCAGCAAACCACGAUGAAUGCUCAAUAAACAGGCUGUCUGGAUGA